CCACAGCCAGCAGCCUCUAAAUUAGGCUUUUGAUUCUGACAGCCACUCAUGACUCAAACCUUACCGCCUGUUCGGGCGUGCAUAUUCGACGUGGACGGCACCCUUAUCAACUCAGAGGACAUCUAUACCACCAUUUACAACCACAUACUGCGCGAAUGCGGAAGGCCCGAAUACCCCUGGGCCAUUAAAGCCACGCAGCAGAGCAGAGGCUCACGUGGCACCAAUCGUCUUCUCGCUUGGGCGCAGGUACCACUUUCCCCAGCGGAGUGGGCGUCAAAAGAGAAAGCACAUACACAUUUGUUCAAGAACAGCGAGACGCUCGCCGGCAUCGAUGAUCUCCUUGGUACGCUGAAAUUCCAGACCACGCCACCUAUACUGCUGUCGCUAGCUAGCUCCGCAGGGCGUGAGAAGUUUGCGCUGAAGACAUCACAUCUCCCAUGCAUUGGGCGAGCAUUCCAAGACUCGGCGUUGCAAGUGUUCGGCGACGACCCAGAAAUGUCGGAUAGCAAGAAGAAGCCUGAGCCUGAUAUAUUCCUUCUUGCUCUUAAGCGGCUGAAUGCUGCCAACACGGCGCGUGAAAAGCGCCCGCUUGAGCCCCGCGAAUGUCUAGUCUUUGAAGACUCGAUCGCGGGGGUCGAAGCCGCACGGCGGGCUGGCAUGCGUGUGGUGUGGGUGCCACAUCCGGGCUUAGCACGGGUCUGCAAGGGACGCGAGAUGGAUGUCUUGAUGGGGAGAACAGAGGAGGAUCGUCAGGUACCCGACUAUGCAACUCCUGUUCAGGGCGAAGCGAGAGGUCCUGUGGUUGGUGAAGAUGGACGCCUGAUGUCAGAGGAUGGACUGGUGGAGAUGAGGCACAGUCUAGAGAAUUUUCCCUAUCGAGCAUACGGGAUCAAUGUUGUCGAAUGACAGUGGAUCGACAUGAUAGCUUUGCUGCCCGAAAUGACAAGAAAAAAACAAAUAUAGAAGUGGUUGGUGUUUAUGAGAUACUGUGUAGGGAAAGGUUCGACUUGACUCGGUUAGUUUCUCGUAUCGAGCCGCAGCUGUCUUUCUUGACAGAUAGCGAGCGACUCGAACAUCUGCACAUCCCGUGUGACAAGACGCUAAGCUCGGUAGACACAGACAAAAAAAUCAGUAUUACUAGAAGCGAGAUGCUCGGCAAGCCGUAAUUGAGCCCAACAAAUGACAUUCAACAGAACAAUUGAAACGACUCUGCGUACUAUCUCAGCCACGAGAUUU